GGCGAAAUUUCGACUGUUCAAGGUUGAGUGAAUACUUCACUGUACUAUCGUUCUUAUGCAAACUUGUUAUGCUUUCUGAUGAAAACGGAAGACGUCCAGCAGUGCGCUUUCAAUUCAUGGUAUAACACUUUUGAAGCUUAUACUCAAGAGAGUGUAUUUAUUAGUCUUCCAGAAGACCUUAUCACUUCAUUGACAAAUGGAAAAUUCAUUCUCCCUAAGAGUGACAAGCAAGCGGAUAGGCGUCUGUCGGACUCGAGUGAUGAGGAUUGGUCCGAUGAUUCUGAUGAAGACAUCAACGUUGCUGACAAAGAGAGACCAGAAUUUUCUCAGUUCGAACAUCAGGUGAAAAAUAUAAUUCGGAGGCUAGGUGGUGUCGUAUUCCCCAAGUUAAAUUGGAGUGCUCCAAAUGAUGCGUCUUGGAUGUCAUGUGACAAUUCACUAAGAUGUAAAACAUUUUCAGAUAUCUAUUUACUCCUCAAAUCAUCGGAUUUUGCGGCACACGAUCUAACUGCUCCUUUCGCCUUGUGUGCAGAUACAUCAAUUGAGCAAACUUGUUGCCUUUUCAAUUCCAAACCAAUCCUUGUUCUACGUAGAUGGUAUGAUUUCCGUCCAGAGGGGGAAUUCCGGUGCUUCGUUAAAUCUAAAGUUCUUAUUGCUAUAUGUCAACGGAAACAUGAUGCGUACUUUAAAUCAAUCGAAGGACAGUUAGAGAAUAUCAAAGUUGACCUGAUAAAAUUCUUUAACCGAAAAAUUAAAGAUCAAUUCAAAUUGGAGAACUAUACAGUUGAUUUAUACAGGGAACCAUCAAAAGAUGAUAGAGCGCGAAUUCAAAUAAUUGAUUUUAAUGUAUUCGGUCCACCAACAGAUGCACUAUUAUACCAGUGGUCAGAAUUGGAAAAUGUUAUAGCUGAUGAGAACGAAAGCAGUCCUUUAUUUCGUUACCAAAGUGAUCAGAAUAUUCAUCCGAAUUCAAUGAACCAAUAUGGUUUGCCAAUUGAUCUAAUCGAUAUUGCCUCAGGAUCUGAUCCCCAAAAGCUAAUGGAUUUUAUCCAGGCUAGGGUUGAAAGUCAGAAGAAUACGUAAACGUGUAUAUACAUAUGGAAGUGCUUUUUCAGUACUACCAACCGUUUGACAAAAUAUAACUGUUAGUGAUUAUUACUUUUUCUUCUUUGAAGAUUUAGAAACUUGUUUUUUAGUUGAAGGCUGCUUUGAACUAUAUUUCUGCACGAUCUUAUCUAGAAAGUUUUCUGAUGACUGUAAUACAUUUUCAUGUCGAGCUUGAAUUGCCCUAGCUAACGAAUCUAGGUCAGUCUUAUCGCCAUCGUCCUUCCUUUGCCUUUUAUUCUUCUCUGCCCUUGCAAACCGCUUCUCUUCCUCCAGUGCCCGCUUAGCUCUUCCUGCAGCUUUCUCGGGGCGUUCGUGCGUAUAAUUCUUGAAAGCUUUAACUUUGCCUUCAGAUAUUAGUUUAUCAAUGAGACUUCGAACUCUGGUUUCAUCUUGAUAAGAUGUGAAAAUUAAUGACUCCAUUAUAAUAUCCAUAUCUCCCUUAGAACGGUUGUAGAGUUUAGUUAAAUCUUCAGUUUCUUGUUCACUGCCCUUGUAUUUUUUACAAUAUUCAUCAAUCUGUGCAGCAGUUAUUUUUGGGAACAAAAGUUGCCAGUAUUUAGCCCAGUCAUCAUAAGAUUUGUUUGUAAUCGCAUCCUCUUCAUCAAUGAUACCUAAGUAGUAGUUAGUGUACUCACAAUAAAAUUAAUUGGAAACCUACCUGCCUCAUCAUAUACUUUACGUUUUUCAUCAUCUUCCAUGUAGGAAUAAACUCUUGAU